UGGAGGCCGAUCUCGAGAAAGUUGUAGGAUAAAAAGUGCACGCUAUUCAAACAGUUAGUAAAUCAUUUCUUGGGGAUCUUGAUACGAUCGAAGUAACUUCACAGAAGGGGAGGAGUUUACGGUUGAUCUGUUUUCAGCGAAAUCAAGAAAUCUACCAGUGAGAACCCGCGGACUCAACUUCUGUUGAUUACACUUAAGCUCAACUUCUGCAACAGACUCUAACGAACCUAUGUGAGGAAUAGAGCAGUUCAUCAUAAAUCCACAGUGUGCACAUCAGAGGCUUGAGAUUCAGAAUGAAAAAGAUAACAUGAAUCGUGCAUUUUAAGGGGUUACAUUCACUCUGGAAUCUAAUUUUUAAGAGAUUAAUAGCAUGCAUUAACCGUCGGAAGUUCUGUCCUCACUCUGGUCCUUCUUGCGGCUGGUUUAUGUGACUUUGUUGGCCAAAGGUCCUCCGUCAUUACCUGUGAGUUACAUCUGAAAGUCAGGGUGAUGGACAUGUCUGUGUGGAUGAUCUUACCCGUCAGUCUCCCAGUCAUCAUCAUAUCUGGAAUUUGGAUUGUAUAUGCUAUGGCUCUGUACAAUCAGCAUGUGUGUCCAGUGGGUAACUGGGUGUAUAAUCAGUCCUGUGAGGAACCACUGUCCAUGCAGAGGGGUCCUGAGCUGUGCUGUACCCUGGACAACAUUCCUCUUAUCAGUAAGUGUGGCACUUUCCCCCCAGAGAGCUGCUGUUUCAGUCUUAUCUGCAGCGCUGGCUCCUUCAUGGUGAUAGUGAUUGGUUUGCUGCGCUAUGCUCAAGUCAUCCACAAACACUAUCAGAGUUUGCUCAAUACAGCUGCACUCUCUGCUGGUUGGCUGUGUGCCACUGGGCUUCUCCUGGUGGGAAACUUCCAGGUGGAUUUUGCUAAAGUCCUGCAUUAUGUGGGUGCUGCACUGGCCUUCCCCACCAGCAUGCUGUUUGUGUGUCUGCAGACAGCUCUGACGCUGCGUUUGGCAAAAACACAUGCUGACCGCAGCAUCUUUCUCCUGCGCUUGGGCAUGACUCUCCUCGCAUUCACUACACUUGUGCUCAGUGGCGUGUUCUUCAUGCAGGAGAGCUUUGUGUUGCAGCAUACUUCUGCCAUCUUUGAAUGGAUCUUCACCAUCAUCAUCCUUCUUUACUACGGCACGUUUGCCUACGAGUUCAGCGACAUGUCCAGGACCACACUCCUGGUUCUGCUCACUGGAGGAACUCCACUGUCUUCAACCACGCUGACAGAAUACAGUUUAACUCUAGCUCAUGAUGCCAAAAUGCCUUCAGCCAAUUAAAUCUCAUUUGACUGUUUCUAAGUGACACAAAUGAACCAAUCACAUGGAUAACUGUCAGUCAACCAUCAUUCUUCACCAUGGGUGAGGUGGGACCACAGACAUAAUGACUCAUCGAGGUUGGUGAAAUGUGUAAUUGGUGACACCUGAUGUUUUGCAGGUCUACAGCACCAAAAAGGGAUUUUACCUCUUAGUGAUUUCAUGUAUUUUUAGUGUGUAGCUAAACUACCUGUUUCCAAUAUCAAAUGGCCUUUUUCAAAGGGAAGUCUAAAAUGUUUUUAGCACUAUCUUUGGAUACAUAUGUAUGUGUUUUCUAUUUUGUAAUUUGUUGCACUAAUGGAAGACCUAUUUGCCUUACUGAAUAUUUUGACCAAAGACCAGAAUAUGGGCAUGAGCAGUCUUCACGUUCUUAACAACGACAAUGUUUUUAACAGUGGCAGAUUUUAUCAGACUGAUAUAAUUGAACUGUCCUGUAAACCAUCCACAAAAUAUGAAGAAUGGCAAGUAAUCAAGACAAAAAAAAAAGAACAGCAGGUAACUGCCUUUGAUAAAAUACAAUUGAACAAUAGACAAUUGAACAAUUGAGGAAAACAACAGAAGUUCUCUAUGAUGAUUGUUUUUAAAAACAUUUUUUUCAUUCUUCAAGACACACCCACAGCAAAAAAAACUAUUUACAGCAUGCAGAAAUGGUGUUCAUUCCCCAUCCAGUAGGGGCAGUGUAGAGCAGGUCAGUAAAGAUGCUUGGGAGAGAACAGACAAAGAUUUGGAAAUAAUGUUCAGCACAAGAUGUUUUGUACACAUACUCAGAUCUACUUCAGUCAAAACCAUAUUCAACGCAUCAGGCCUUAAUGCAGACGCUUUACAUAACCCUAACCCUCAGCAGACAUUCUGCACAGUAAACUAUAUGUUUAUCUUCAGGCACUGUCGUGUGAAAGUGUCAUUCCAAAUAAAAUGGCCCAUGGCUCAGAUAAAUAAACUCUCAAUCAACAGAUCUUGUUCCAAAAUAAGUACCAUAUUUGGUUUGGAAUGUGAUUCCUUACCCUACAGAAGAAUUUUAAAGCAUAACCGUGUGUGUUUUCAUAUCAACGUGUGUCUCUCCAGAGGCCUGAUCUGCUGUAUUUGGAUGAGGUGUAGAGCGUUGUCUAAGCAAUAAUUUAUUACCACAACCCUAUACACUCCCACCUUGAGAUGUUUAGGGGUUUAUUUUUCACAGAGAGGGGGGGCUAUCCCCCACACCCACUGCCCUAACACACACACACACACGCACACACACACACACACACACACACAGCUGUCCUCUUUCCUUUGGGUCACAGCAGCUCAAAGACAGCUGUUUGUGUCUCUACUUGUGUCAUGCUAGUAGUUGAGGUUCUUGGGCACCUCCCACGGAAACUCUCUCCUGCCAAAGUGACCGUAGCAAGCUGUCUUCUGAUAGAUGGGCCUCUUCAGGUCCAAAUCUCUGCAAAAAAA